GUGUUAAAUCUGAUCCCUUGCAGUCUGGCUGAGGCAAAGGGGAAGAAGCCGAGAGCUCCAUCUACAGCAGGAGCCGGUCCAGCCCCUUCCCAGGGAACUUACUCCUCGGCUUGAGCCCUGAGCCGGGAAGGAGGAAGUGUUGCACCGAUGGCAGAGGCAUGGGCCCCGCUUUCUCUGUCUCCGUGGUCCUGCUGCUGCUUAUGUUAGGGUCUUGCCGAUGCCCUUUUGCCAGAAAUAAAACUUUGCAAUCAGUGUGUGGACGACCUGUAUACUCUGGGCGAAUCGUAGGGGGCCAAGCUGCUGCUUUGGGGCGCUGGCCUUGGCAGGUCAGCCUGCAGUUUGACCAGACCCACAUUUGUGGAGGUUCCCUCAUCAGCAAGUAUUGGGUACUGACAGCAGCACACUGCAUAAAAGAGAGAUGGUAUUUUUCAUACAGUGUGUGGCUUGGAUCCAUUGAUGUAAAGCACUCAAGCGAAGGCGAGGAAUACUAUGUGUCCAGAAUCGUCAUCCAUCCCAAACGCAGUGAUAUAAGCGGAGACAUUGCCCUGCUGAAACUGUCUUCCCCAGUCACCUUCACCUCUGUCAUUCUGCCCAUUUGCUUGCCCAAUGUCUCAAAGCAGCAUACGCUCCCAGCUUCUUGCUGGGUGACUGGAUGGGGACAAACCACGAAAGAUCAGUACCCCUCUACCCUCCAAGAAGCUGAAGUACCCAUCAUCAGCAACAGGCAGUGUGAGCAACUACACAACCCCAUCGGCUUCUUCCUCCCAGAACUGGAGCGGGUCGUCAAGAAGGACGAGUUCUGUGCUAGCGACAUUCGGAUGAAGAAGGACAGCUGCAAGGGUGACUCUGGAGGGCCUCUGUCAUGUCACAUUGAUGGUGUCUGGAUCCAGAUGGGUGUCGUAAGCUGGGGUUUGGAAUGUGGCAAAAUUCCUCCUGGAGUCUACGUCAACGUGACCUACUACCAAAAAUGGAUCAGCGCCAUUAUCUCAAAAGCCCAGGGCUUGGGUGGUGACUGUACUUAGACUUGUUCCUUACUGUACUUCUUUUUCUGGCUCUCCUGGGACCCUCCUGAGCUGUGGUCCUAACGUGAUACCAAGAUAAACAUAGAGAUGCUGCUGCUGGGGAACUAAUGGGAUGGAAUGUGUGGAGAAUAAAGCCUUGGGCAGAGAACUCCUAAGA